AUGGAGGCUAUCCACAGAAAUAGUGUACUCGAGGAGCAACUUCGUGCCAAGGACGAAGAGCUUGAGUUGGGUAAAGGGGUUGCUGCAGAGUGCGAACAUCUUCAGGAGAAGUUGAGGUCUAUGCAAUCAGAGAUGGAUCAGAACCUUAUCAGGGUCGAGGCGAUGAGCGCGGAGUGGAUGGGAAAGUUGACUGAGUUGGAGAGAAAAGUUGCCUGUUUGGAAAAUAUCGAGAGAGCUUGGUCAUCGGCUUUGGCGAGGGCUGCGCCUUUAGAGAACACCAUCCGCGUCCUCCAAUCUGAGCAGGAGUCGGAGAGAGCGACAACCACGUUGAGGGAAGCGAGGCUUGAGGAGCACAUUGGCGAGAUCGACCGAAAUGCAUCGACCCUAGCAGACCGGGUCGCUGCUCUUGAGGCCGAAAAGGAACAACUAUUGGUUCAAGUCGAAUCUUCAUCCGCCGCUGCUCCUCCUCAUUUGCACGAGCUUUGGGUUCAUGCUGAAUCCCAACGGGAUAUCUACAAGAGUUUGUGGGAGGCGGGCAAAGUUACUGAGGCCGCGUAUGUAGGAGUACGAGAGAAGGCACGAGAGGCUCGUGUAAACUGUGGGUAUGACUUUGCAACGCCGGAAGCUAAUGAGGGUGCGGGCGAUGAGGGAGGAUCUCCUGGGAUGAAGAAGCCUCCAGUUAGAGUUACUGACUUGGAAACCGAGCUUGCUCAACUCCAAGAUGAGUUGAAGAAGGUAAAGGAUCAGCUCACUUCAUCCGAGUCCUUAAAAAGGAGGGCUCAAAUAGAGGCAGAGGAAGCUAAGAAUCAGCUCGCAGCAAUGUCAGAGAAGCUCGAGGAGUCCGAGAAACAACUAGUUGAGCUCUCAGAUUCUGAGGAUGCUCGAAUCCUGCAACUUCGUAAGAUCUCACAAGAUCGAGAUCGAGCAUGGAAAUCUGAACUCGAGGCUAUCCAGAAGCAGCACGAAUACGAACUGCAAACCCAGCAGAGAAAGUGA